GAAAUACCGUAAUCCCCGCCCCUUUUCUUAUCGGGUUGGGUAUAUAAAGGUCCCAUCUUUGUGAUGAGGGUCUUCACUGAAGGUGAUACCUCCACAUUUGCAGUGACCCAUACAGGCUUAAAAUGAUGAAACUCGUCGUGGCAACAAUUCUCCUGGCUGCAACUCUUGCCUCCGCCAGUCCAGCAGGAAGCACAGACCAGAGUUGCACCAGCGACAACACCGAGUGCAGAUGCCGCAACGUCAUCACUGUAAGGGACAAACCGGCCCUGAUUGCAGCCGCCCAAGAGUGCGUUGAUCGACAAGGAAUUAACACCAAAGUUUUGCCAGGCAGAUUUUGGUUACUUCCUGACAUCGCCAAGAACUGUGCUCUACUGAAGGCAGCUGAGGCUAAAAAACUGACCGACAGCGAGGGCGUUCCCGACGUCCCAGCGAUGACCACUUAUCUGAGAGAUGUCAUCGACGCAGAGGGGGCAAACGACGUCACCAAAGCCCAGGCUGAUGCCAUCGUCAACGACAUCGGGCGAUGUGCAUCACAGGUCACAGGCACUGAGAAGGCCCUAUCCUUCUACUCGUGUCUACUGUCCUCCUGCCAGGAAGCGCUCAAGGCUUAGCUGAACCUCCUGGAGGACACUGAUCGUGGGCUGCAGAGCCUCCCCCUGUGGAGGAUGCCCCGACCCACAGGUCGAAGUGGAAGCAAAAUGAUGCAAAUGCCUCCAAUGUAUCUUUAGUUCCCUUUUUAUUUUUCGAGUUAAUAGCCGGCAAUUCACUGUUCUUAAACAAAUUCAAAAGCAAUAAAGAUAAUUGUUUGGAGAGA